ACAAGUGGCUUCUACUCUCUACUCUUCUGCAGAUUGUUUAUGGGUCUAUUAUCCAGCUUAUGGGCUCCUGCCAAAAUUUGGCUGUUGAUCCAGACAAUAAUGUUCAACAAUUGCAAGUUUCACACCCUAAAAAUAAUUAAUUACAGGUUUUACAUCAAGGCCUCAUACUGAAUUACACAAAAAAAGAUUACAUGGAAAAGGUUACUGACAAUCUCUUCCUUCAAAAUCUUUGAUCUGGAAUAAUUUUAAAAUAGAAGGUUACUGUGCCAGCCCUGGGCUUGGGCUACAGCGAGUUGGUACAAAUAAGGUUCUUUUCCUUUGAAUAUUGUAUCAGAAGCUCAUCUUCAGUAGCCUGGAUACUGGAUCUGAUUCACCAUGAAGACAGAAGUUGUUUGCGUGUUGCUGUUCCUCGUGGGGGUCAGUGCACAUGUGAAAGAAGUCACUCAAGAGGACAAUGAUGAGAAUCGGGGCAUGUGCCCCAAAGAGUAUCUUCUUAAGUACCCGGAGCUAAAACUACAGCUUAAGAAAAAGAAGCUUUUAAACAAAGAAUGCAAAAAUGGUGACGGUGGAGAAGGAUGCAUUGAUAAUCACCCAGGGGGGCAUCGCAAGAGACAAGGCAAGCUGACUGGGAUACUACACUGUGUUACAGAUGGAGACUGCACUGAUAACAUGAUCUGCUGCCAAAGUCCACAUGGAAUGAAGUGUAUGAAGCCAAUAUUCUCUGAUGAAGACCUAAAGAGGUUUUAUAGAGGAGAUGAAGACAGCAAUCAAAAGGAAGAAGAUACUGAAGAUGAUAAUGAAGAGCAUAUGAAUGAUGCUGUAGAUAGAAAAGUCCAUGAGAUAGAAUCAGAGCAUGGAAAGGGCCAGAGGAAUGUAGUUCAGAACAGAAUGGGAAACAGAAAAGUAGCAGAGAAUGGGCAGCCUCGCAGAAAAGGUGAAGAACAUGAGGAUCAGAACUGGGAAGAAGAAGAAAAUAGACAGAAAUAUGGGAAAGGUAAAAAGCAUGGAAAGAGUCCCAGGAAAGAAAAUCAGAACAAGGUGGGGAUUAGGGAGAGAACAGAGAAUGUGGGUGAUCAGGACUGGGAGGAAGAAGAGAAUGAACUGGAAUAUGGGAAAGGCACAGAACAUGAAGGGGACAGUAGGAAAAUUGCUCAGUACAAGAAGCAUCACAGGGAAGGAACAGAGAAUGGUCAGCGUCCAAGAAAUAUUGAAGAAUUUAGAGGUGAUAACUGGGAAGAAGAAGAAAAAGUAGAAGAAAAUGUGCAGGGAUAUGGGAAAGGUCAAGAGCAUGGAAAGGGCAAUAGGAAAGUAGCUCAAAACAAGAAACACCACAGUGAAGGAGCAGAGCAUUGGGAUGACAACCGGAAAGAAAAAAUUAAUGAACAGGAAUAUGGGAAAGGAGACGAGCAUGAGAAGGGUCAUAAUAAAGGAGCUCAAAGCAGAAAGGGCCAUAGGGAAGGCACAGAGAAUGGGCAUGGUCUCAGAAAAGGUGAGUACAGGGAUGAUAACUGGGAAGAAGAAGAGAACAGACAUGAUUAUGUGAAUGGUGAAGAGUCUGGGAAGGGAUACAGGAAAGAGGUCCAGGGUAAGAAGAGCCACAAGGAAGGAGAAAAGAAUGUAGAGGGCUAUGGGAAAGGUGACAAGAGUGUAAAUGCCCCUUGGAAAAGUAAAGAGAUUGGGAAGGGCAAAAGGAAAGAGGAGAAAGAUGGGAAAGAUAAAGGAAGAGAUGAAAAGGAGCAGAGGAUAAGAAGAUUAGAUGAACAUGAUGAGAGUCAUAGUGAAGAGUCAAAUAGCUCAGAAAGCAGAGAAAAAGUGGGCAGUUUAAAGCAAAACUAAUCACAUACAGUAGAAUGACCGAUAAUUAAAAAAUAAUACGUAGGGACGCUGUUUGCGACUCAGAUGAGACCCAACCAAUAAACCCUCUCUCUGAAACUUGGAUGUAUGAAACUAAAAGCCAGCACAGAGACAACUUGUUAAUGUACAAGAAACACAAACAAUAAAAA